UUGAGCGAGAGCACACAAUGUAUCGAAUUACUUAGCUGCUCAGAAAAGUCGUUUAGUUAACAGGUAUAAACAAGAAAGGAGAGAAUAUUACCACUACAUUAUAAUAGUAUUUUCUUGUGUGUUAAAAAGUAUCACUUGUUGCUAUCGCUAGCCAAGCAGCUACAUUCGGUUUAUAUUUAAGACCAAACUAGAGGAUAUAGACACGUUGAGCUAAUUUGAUUGGCAUACACUCCUUUUAGAAUUUGCGGUUCUCUGGAAGAUUAUAAAUCAAAAGUCUACAGCUACCUUUAUUUAGCAAUUCGCGAAUGGCAUGAUUCGUUUUAAUUGACGUAUCUCGUAAACUUCCGCUUCAGGCAUUGUUCUUUGUGUAGCACCAUCGUUCCAUCGUUUGAUUAGGUCUGACCACGCAAAGAAAACCUCCGAAUUUGAAACUAUUCUAGCUACAGCCAGCCAACAUGAUCGAUGCAGCUCUACGAAGAGUGCUUCUGAAGCUAGGCCUUAUAUUUAUUUUCUGCCAUCGUUCUGCAGGGAGUUACGGAUAUUCGUAUCCAGAUUGCACAUAUCUAAAAGGAAAUGAGAAUUCAACGCAUUACGGCGGUAGAUGUUUCUGCUACAGCUCAGGCACAGUGAUUAAAUGGAAAGAUAUAUGGUCCACAUUCCAGGUGCGCUUAAUAGGUGACGAUGGCGUCCGCCUUGUGUACCCCAUGGAAACGCGGAACUGUCGUGAGCCGGACGACGUCAUCACGCUGUCUAGGUGCUUAUUUGAUCACUACUGGCCAUCCAGCUCUACUGAAGAGAACAGGCUGGAAAUUCCCCUCGUCGACCAGGACGUUUGUUUCAUGGUUAAGUCGAAAAGGGCCAGCAUUCAGUACACCCUGGAAGUCUCCGCCAAAAAACUUAACAGAGUACACUUUGGCUUGUUUAUAAUCGGAGUCACCCUUUUCUACUUCGCUGGAACAGUGUGCAGGAGUUCACUGUUUUACUACAGUGCAGGAGUUUCCCUGGGUGUGAUUUCAAUAUUAAUUUUUCUCCUUUUUGUGCUGAAGAAUUUCAUACCAAAGAGGGGGCUGUUUCUGAUGCUGUUCGGUGCAAGCUCUAGCCUGUCCUACCUGGGGUUCCAGCAGCUGCUAGCAAACUGGGAAGAGGUCAUAUCUAUAUAUUGGAGAGAAGUUCUGGGUUACCUACUGCUGUCAGGUUUCAUCAGCUUUGCGGUCUGCUACAAGCGCGGUCCAAUCACAGACGAGCGAACCCUGGUCCUCAUGACCUGGAUGCUGCAGAUUAUCGCCAUGGGAAUGAUAUAUCACGGCAUCACUUACCCCACAGCGUGCUACGCUGUGCUGGCGGUCCUGCUGGGGCUCAAAUUCAUCCCAUAUCUGGGGACACUCCUGCUGGCCACCUGCAGACAAACUGGCCGGCUCCUCCGCUCCGUCAAGGGCCUGUUCGGGAGGCGGCAGCCCCGGGCUCGACUGCUGACUGAAGAGGAGUACAGGGAGCAGGGGGAGGCGCACACCAGAGCCUCCCUGGAGGCGCUGAGGGUGCACUGCACCAGCCCGGACUUCCCUGCUUGGGACACGGUCCUGAGGCUGCGCUCGCCGCAAAGGUUCGCCAGCUUCCUGCGGGGGGGCUCGCACCUCACCCCUGAGGAGUCGAACACGCACGACCAGCGGUACGGGGUAGGGGGCGCAUAUUACGAGGGCAUGCUCUUCCCCGGUCAAGGCCGGGGGGCGCCGUCGAGCAGAGGGGCCCCUCAGCACGGGCGCGGAGAAGACCUCAGCGAGGAUGAGCUGGAGUACUACGAACCUGCCCAGGCCCUCCCACCGCCCAUCCCUCUGCCCAUCCCUCUGCACAGCCCGCGCCCACUCUCUGUAGUCCCCUCCCCUCCCUCCCUGCCAGUCGCGCUGUAGCUCUCCCUCCUGCUUACACCCCCCCAGUGUGCCCCUACCCUGCUCUCCCCUACACCCCCAACUCAGACGCCACAAUGACAGAAGAUCAGGAGCUGUUCUAACAUCACCCUUUGCACACGUCUGAAUUUUGGUUGAUUUGGUCCUCCUCAGUGUGAAUGACAGCUACCCAUAUGGUCGAUUUGAUAAUUGCGUGCCAAAAUAAUUUCAUAAUCCCGUUGGAUGGCAUGCAGCCGGUGCCACUUUCUUCCUCCAACUGUGUUUUAGCAGAGGUGGAAAAUCCAGGUUAAAAAAAUAGAAAUCCUCCCCAGUAUUUUGUUCCAAUCACCUGGAUUUGCUCAUUAGCACAAUUCUAAAGCCAGGAGGCAGAACUACCUGGUGAAAUCAGCUGGCUGAGUUCAUGGGUCACGGUGGAAGAAACACAUGGCAGGACUUUUACUUUGACCCCUGGACUGUCCACCUUUGGUCUUUAUAGUCACUCCCUGUAAAUUCAUGACAUCACAGAGGUCAUGCAAGCGGGCAGUUAUCAGGAAUUAAUGGUACGCGGCUGUCGGAAUCACAUCUCAUGCCAAAUGGCAGCCGUGUGUGUGUGUGGGCCGGGGGCUGGGUUGGAGGGCCACACCUCAUCUUCAUCGUGACAUCCCGAUCCAGCUGAGCGGGACUCUCACACUCAAAUCCUGGAGGGCUGCGAUGUCUGCCAGGUUUCGGUGUGUUGCUGCACUUAAGUCAUUGAUUGGCUACAGGGUCCACAUAGCUGGAUUCCAAGGUCUAAAUUGACUGCUGACUGAAAAGAAACAUACAAAAAAACAUGCAGACACUGCAGCCCUCCAGGCCAGGAGUUUGAGACCACUGCUCUUGGGCAUGUCAGUUUAUCACAGUCAAAUCACAGAGGUAGCCAUGAUUGUUUUUUUAUGACGCUAACGAUAAUGAUGCUAAUCUUAGUCUUCAGAUCAUCUGUUGGAAGACAAAUCCUGCCAUUUUUAAAAGAAAUGUGGUUUUACUUAGCUUGCAGCAGUGAGAACGUUCAGAAUGCCUGGAUAUUGCAGAGCCUUCUCGUCAUGUCCAGGUCUGAGAUGCUGUUCUUUACUGCCCUCUAGUGUAACUCUCAGGAAUAAGCCAACCAACAUACCACCCUGCUGUGUGCUGAUUUUUAUUUUUAUUUUUUAAAAAGGAUUUUUAGAAAACCCUCAGGGGGAAAACCUUGGGUAAGACUAGUAUAAUGGAUCUUUGGUAUACUUAUUCUCUGUUUUUAAAAAAGUAUUUUUUGUAAAUACUAGCAUAAUAUUCAGACUCCUUGGACUAUACAGAUACAUAUCAGAAAGCUCCUGCCAUGCAGACUGUGAGGUGGCUACUUUUGAGAAUGAUUAAUAAAACAGGACUUGGUCUUA